CUAUCGCAGAGGGAAGCCUCUCCUUGGCCCACACAGGUUUAUAUUUGUGUAAAGUACAACUCAAAAACCUGUCAGGAAUUCACUGAUUUGAUUAAUUUGCACAAGCUUCACAAGGCACAUGUUGGCCUACGAGUUUAUUUUGAGAACACCGAGUUCCCCCUGAACGAGUCCAGACCUGCCCUUUAAUUCAGCCAGCUCCACCGCCAUGUAUCCACUGUCGGCGCAACACAACAGCGGCAGCCUCAGCUUCCACAUCCUCUGUGCCCUUCUCUGUCCGCAGCGUCUCUAGCGAGUUUCUGUCCCCUGCCAUGCCCCGGGUCAUUUCACUGCUGCCCGCCCUGCUGUUCGUUCUCCUGCCGGGCCCGAGCCGGGGUUAUUUCCCCGAGGAGCGCUGGAGCCCCGAGUCUCCGCUCCUCGCUCCCCGGGUCGUCGUCGCGCUGGUCUGCCGCAACUCGGCGCACUCACUGCCGCUGUUCCUCGGAGCUUUGGAGCGGCUCAACUACCCGAAGGACCGCAUUGCGCUGUGGGUAGCGACGGAUCACAACAUAGAUAACACCACAGCCAUCCUCAGAGACUGGCUUGUGAAGGUGCAGAAUGACUAUCACUAUGUGGAGUGGAGACCGGAUGAUGAGACCAGUGCCUUUGAAGACGAGGUGGGGCCUAAGCACUGGAAUAAUCUGCGUUAUGAACACGUAAUGAAGCUCCGUCAGGCAGCGCUGGAGACCGCCCGUGAGAUCUGGGCCGACUACCUGCUGGUGGCUGACUGUGACAACCUGCUCACAAACACGGACACGUUGUGGAAGCUGAUGAGUGAGAACAAGACGAUUGUAGCGCCCAUGCUGGAGUCCAGAGCCGCGUACUCCAACUUCUGGUGCGGCAUGACUUCACAGGGCUACUACAAGCGUACUCCAGCCUACAUGCCUAUCCGUAAGCAGGAGCGUCUUGGCUGUUUCGCCGUACCCAUGGUUCACUCCACCUACCUGGUGGACCUGCAGAAAGAGGCCUCCCGUCAGCUGGCCUUUUAUCCUCCGCACCCGGAGUACAACUGGGCCCUGGAUGAUGUCAUCGUCUUUGCCUACUCUGCUCGCAUAGCAGAUGUGCAAAUGUAUGUCUGCAACAAAGAGACUUAUGGGUAUUUCCCAGUGCCAAUGCGUUCCCAUGGCACCCUGCAGGAUGAGGAGGAGAGCUUCUUGCAUACUCAGCUGGAGGUUAUGGUGAAAAACCCUCCCUUGGAGCCCUCCAGCUUCCUGUCUCUUCCUCCCAAGCAGCCUAACAAGAUGGGCUUUGAUGAGGUGUUUAUGAUAAAUCUGGUGAGGAGAGCUGACCGUCGCGAGCGAAUGCUAAGAACUCUGCACGAGCAGGAGAUCAGCUGUAAGGUUGUUGCCGCUGUGGAUGGCAAAGCGCUGAACAAGACUGAUAUAGAGUCCAUGAAGAUUAAGAUGCUGCCGGGUUACAAAGACCCUUAUCAUGGUCGGCCUCUCACCAAGGGGGAACUCGGUUGUUUUCUCUCUCAUUACAACAUCUGGAAGGAGAUAGUAGAUCGUGGUCUGCACACCUCCCUGGUGAUCGAGGACGACCUCCGCUUCGAGGUGUUCUUCAAGCGACGUCUCCAGGCGCUGCUGCACGAGCUGACGACCCAUAAGCUGGACUGGGAUCUCAUUUACAUUGGGCGAAAGCGAAUGCAGAUUGAACACCAAGAGAAGCCUGUACCAAACAUCCACAACCUGGUGGAGGCUGACUACUCCUACUGGACCCUCGGCUACCUGCUGUCACUACAGGGAGCCCAGAAGCUCCUCCAGGCUGAACCUCUGAACAAACUGCUUCCUGUCGAUGAGUUCCUCCCUGUUAUGUAUGACAAGCAUCCAGUGUCAGAGUACAUGGAGCACUUUGAGAGCCGAGACCUGCGUGCAUUUUCUGCAGAGCCGCUUCUGGUGUAUCCAACGCAUUACACAGGAGAUGCGGGCUACAUCAGCGAUACGGAAACAUCGGUGGUCUGGGACAACGAGACCGUCAGAACCGACUGGGACCGAGCCAAGUCGAGAAAAACUCUGGAGCAGGGGGAGCUGAGCUUUGAGGCCCAAAACUCCGACGUACUGCAGUCGGAACUGGAAAACUGGAGCGCACGGGACGAGCUGUGAGGCAGAGGAGAGGACCCGAGGAGGAGAGACAGAGAAAACUCUGGCAAACAGAGAUAAGGAUGAGGGAUAUAGAACAAAGCUGUGAUCACUGGGGAAAUGGAUGAAAUGGAGAGAAUAUAUCAGAAUGGAGAGAGGAAGGCAGAGUAGUUGGGCUCCGGAGGGUGGAUGACAAAUGCUUUUACCCAUCAUUUUCUCACCAAUCUUUCUCCUAAGAAUUGAGAGUAAACUCUCGACAGGAAGCUUUUGUUUUAUUUAUUGCAUUCAACGCAUAUCCUUUAACCACAACCUGGUCCAAUGAUAGUUCCAUGUUUUAUAUACAAGAGAAAAUAAAACAAAUAAUAAAUAAUAAUAAAUGCAGUAUUCAACCUGAACCUUGAUGGCUGUAAAAACUUCAAGUCACAUGUAAACUUCACAACAACUGCUGUAAUUAAAUGUGAAAGCUUUGGGUUUAAAACAGAAAAGAGCCUAGUCUAGAAUAUAAGAGAAAGGGUUGUGUUGUAACUUAAUAGCUUACAGUUAUAAGAUUAAUGAUUUGAUCUGUUUAUUGAUUUAAUGCAUAGAAAGCUGCUAAAGGUUGUAUUACUAUUUACAGUUAAAAGAGUUAGAAAUCAUUAUAUUUUGUUGUAUUCUAUCUGAUUGAUAUUGAUUUGAGAUAUGUUUUCUGUUCUAUUGCCUAACAAAGGGUUAAGAAACUGAACUACCAGAAUGCUUAGCGGCUAAAACUAAACAAGAGUUACGCGCGUUGUCCUUAGGAUGAAAGGUUGUUCCAUCUGAUUUUAUACUAAGCUCUCAAGGUACUAAAAUGUUGCCUUUUCUAAAAGUGUGAUACUGUAAGUGGUUAAAAAGAAGCAAUGUUUAUUUGCAAAUGAUUGUCACCAGGCAUAUUACAUUUCUACUGGCUGUGAUAAAGUCUCCCUAAAGAACUGGGAGCUACGGCAUGUCUUCGUCUUCUCGUCUUGAGACUCCUAACACCCUGCUCUUCUUCAGUUUAGCUUGAGCGUUAUUUAAAUACGUUUUCUUGGUUUGCUACUUGUGAAUGUAUCAGUGUUUACCUUUUAUGUGCUAAUCAAGCCUUUUCACACUUUGACAGUGGCAUUAGAGUUUAAUUGUUUUCCCCUCAGUUAAUUAUGCAGUUUUAACAAGAACUUUGUUAUUUGUUGAAGAUCAGAAGAACAAAUGAAUAUAGAUUUUGGGUAAUUUCUUGUUUAGUUUGCUCCUCUCUGGUUUCAAAGUGUGUCUUUUUUAACAAAAGAAUGAAUAAAACCUGUUUUUAAUGA